AUGGCCAAACCCGCUAGUUUGCACGAAGAGCUUGAAAAGGAUGCCUCACCUUCAGCCUCUGGAGGUCACGAGUACGCAGAUUCCGAGGAGAACUAUAAGCCCAAAACACUCAAGUUUUGGCUCGUCAUCAUCUCGAUCUAUCUGGCCUUCUUCCUUGUUGCUCUCGACCGCAUGAUCAUUGCUACUGCUAUACCGGCAAUCACAAACACAUACGGCACUAUCGCGGAUAUAGGCUGGUAUGGUAGUGGCUAUAUGCUCACGUGCGCAAUCUUCAAUCCACUCUUCGGCAAAAUAUACCAGCUCUACGAUACUAAAUGGACGUUUUUGGUGUCUGUCUUCCUGUUCGAAGUUGGCAGUGCACUAACCUUGACCUGGAGAUGGUGCUUCUACAUAAACCUCCCCAUCGGUGCCUUGACGUUCGCAUGCAUAUUCUUCUUUCUGGAUCUCCCUUCAACACCUAAAGAGAAGCUGUCCAUUCUCGCUCAGCUCAAGCGCCUCGACCCAAUAGGUCUUCUCUUCUUCGUACCAUCCAUGGUAUGCCUUAUCCUCGCUCUUCAGUGGGGAGGCACGACCGAUCCCUGGUCGGCACCGAAAAUCGUCGGCCUGCUCGUCACAUUUGCAGUUACUUUCAUCGCAUUCCUGGUUGUGGAGUUUACGAUGCCAGAUACAGCCAUGGCCCCGCCUCGGGUCAUCUUGAACCGUUCGAUGGGCGGUGCUAUGCUAUUCAUCUUUCUCCUCGCCGGCGGCAUGAUGAACACUGUAUACUACAUCGCCAUCUGGUUCCAGGCAGCCCAGGGCCAGUCUGCCAUGCAGGCCGGCGUACGCACGAUACCGUUGUGCACAUCGCUUAUUGUCGCCGGCAUCAUCACAGCAGUGAUAACUCAGAAGAUCGGAUACUAUGUCCCUGCUAUGCUCCUUUCGGCGGUUGUCGCAUCAAUCGCCAGUGGCCUUCUUUCUACACUUACGCCGGAGUCGAGCGCUCGCGAAUGGAUUGGUUAUCAAGUCUUCUACGGGUGCGGGCUUGGCUUUGGGGCUCAAACAGCGAACUUGGUGCCGCAGACUAUCCUGCCACGCUCAGAUGUGUCCCUAGGCAUGGCGAUGGUCUUCUUCCUAAAUCAACAGGGUGGCGCUAUCUUCCUUGCUGUCGGACAAAAUCUUUUCUCGACUCAGCUCGUCAAGCAACUAUCGGGUAACUCCAAACUCGAUACUGAGCUCAUCAUCAACACCGGUGCAACAGACCUCCGAAAAGUGGUAGCGGCGAACGAGAUCGAUACGGUGGUAUCGGCGUACAGCUACUCAAUAACCCGGACGUUCCUGCUAGCAGCAGCACUCAGCGCUUGCACCAUCAUUGGAGCGUUGAUGGUGGAAUGGAGGAGCAUCAAGGAACGUUCGGGAAAGCCAGCAAAACAAGCGUCAAAAGAUGUAGAGAAAGAGGCUGCUUGA